UUCUUUUGCUCCGGCCCUUUAAGACGCAGCAGCGGGUCACCAACUGGUGUAGUGUUUCUCUAAUUGAACUUCGCCCAAUCAACAAUAAGUCGUUAGCAGUCACUUUCCUUUUCUUGGUGCCUGGAAGCUUUUUUACUCCCUUCUCCCCUUUCAGGGCUUCACCACCUCCAGUCAGCCGCUUUCUAAAGACCCGCAUGGAGUUUGGCAGAUGAACCGGGACGCUCUGAAGGGGAUACUGUGCGGCUGCCUCUGCAACUACGCCCGAAGCAUGGUUAUUUUGGAGGAAGGCUCUCAGGCGAGCUGAGUUUACAGCCUUGGACUCGAAGCGCUAAAGUACAGCGGAGGUCUAGAGGAGCCCCGAGCUCCACAGGAAACGCCUGUGGACGUUUUAAAUCUAUUUGAAUGAAAUAAUCAACUUUUAUUUUAAAUCCUGAGAGCAGCUAUAUCUGCGGGACUGCGAUGACCUCCAGUAAAGACAUGAAGGCAGGGUCUGUGCUGCAGUCCGGCGGCGAGGAGCGGAGGCGCGCUCCGCUGGACCAGCUGCCGCCUCCGGCUAACUCCAACAAGCCGCUGACGCCGUUCAGCAUCGAGGAUAUCCUCAACAAACCAUCCGUGAAGAAGUCCGUGGCCAGCAUCUGUCCGCCGCGGGCGCUGGAAAAAGUCACGGGCUCCAGCGCGGCGAGGAACGGGAUCAGCACUCCGUCCUCACCGCUGUGCGCGCUGGAGGAGCUGGCCAGCAAAACCUUCAAGGGUCUGGAAGUCAGCGUCAUCCAGGCAGCAGAAGGUCGGGAACACCUGAACGCCUUCGGUCAGCGGCAGACUUCGAAGAAGAGGAGAAAGUCGCGGACAGCCUUCACCAACCAUCAGAUCUAUGAGCUGGAGAAGCGGUUCCUCUACCAGAAGUACCUCUCUCCGGCCGACCGUGACCAAAUCGCGCAGCAGCUGGGACUGUCCAAUGCGCAGGUCAUCACCUGGUUCCAGAACCGCAGGGCCAAGCUCAAGAGGGACCUGGAGGAGAUGAAGGCGGACGUGGAGUCGCUGAAGAAAAUCACGCCUCAGACGCUGCAGAAGCUCGUAAGCAUGGAAAGCAUCGAGGACGCGCAGGGUGGAGGCCCCGGGGCCCGGUCCCCCAGCGUCUCCCCGACCUCCCAAGGACACCGAGCCUUCCCACAGUCCCCCUCCUCAUCCAGAGACCAAACCACUGAUGAGUUCUCAGAGGAUGAUGAGGAGAUUGAGGUGGACGAUUAACAGCCGAGAAGGACUGGGAUUUUCAUACACACAAAAAAUAAAUAGAAGAGGGACAUUUUUCUUCCCAAACUUUUGCACGGAUAUUGAUUUAAAAAAGGAGAGUAUACACAUAUAUGAACAAUCAGGAUCAUUUUUCCUAUUUUUAUUUCUUCGUUUUAAUUUAUUAUAACCAAUCCCUACAUCCGUUUAAGUUUCAGCACAUUUUGGGGGGAAUAUUUUGUUUUAUUUCAAGUAGACUAGGACAAUAUUUUAACACAUUUUCUGGCGUUUUUAGAGGAAAAAUAAAAAACGUUGUGCAAUUACUGUUUUAUACAGCAUUCAUUUCCAUUGUCCAGUCAAAAAUCUAAGAUCUGGCAACAUUUUUUGGAUAAGCCCCACUCCUUUAUUUGAUCAGAUUUAAAGUCGCACAUAGAUAUGUCCAUAUUUUUUAACCAUGAGAGAAAAAUGUCUCUGCAAGCAUGCAGGCCUCCUGGAGGCGCAAACUGCACCAACCUUUUACGCGCUCUCUGCUCUGUAUAUAGAUCAAUCCUCCAAUGCGAUAAUUUUAUUGUAACGUUCUAUUUAAUCAGCAUCUAUGUAAAUAAAGGUUAUAUUGUAUUUCA